UUGUGUAAAGACAGCUUUGGGUUUUUUUCCUCAUGUUUCCAAGUUUGAGAACAGGUGAAAUCGUUUUUUGGAUCUGUUUUUUUGCUAGUCCUCGAUUUCAAAGUUAAUAAAAAUUUUUCUAAUUAGCCCUAAUGCUCUACAUUAAUUCGAUCUAUUUCAAAAUUUGAAGAAAAAGAUAUGCCAUUUAAUUUCCAUGAAAACGGAGCAUUUUUGCCCCCUUUGUACACUUUUGAAUUGAAGCCCACUCAAUGCUGCUUCUGUUUGUGAUGCGUUGAAGACAUGUACCUGUGUGCUAUAUAAUAUGGGCUUCUUAAUCUCUAGGCGGUUGAUUUGAAUCACGUACUAUGCCAUUUUUUUAGUUUUCAAAGUUUAUUCUGUUUUCAUGCCUUGUUCUUGUAUCUGAUUGAAUGUUAUUUUGUUGCUCGUGCUUGCGAUGUGCAGAUUUGACCCUGUGUGUUUUCUUUCAUCUUCUAAUUUUUUAUGUAUGAGCUGUUAUCUUCAAAAUAUAUCUGUUGCAGAUGGUUUGCUAGCUUGAAAUUAUGUCAUUUUUGGCUACCUCCGAGCAGUGAAAUUAAUUAGGUCGGCUCAAAUUGUACUUAUAGUCGUACGACAUUGUAUGCUAUCAAUCUGCUCGAAGAAUGUAAGUAGCUAUGACGUAAGGUGUUUUUUGUUAGUCAAAUUUGACUACGAGAAACAAACUGAACGUUAGACUAAUUUGUACUCCGUCACUGGCAUGAUUAUAGCAAAUGUUAGAUUUUUUAAAAAAAUUCUAUUUAAAGCUCAAUUUCUUGACUUUUUUCCUCGCAAUUAACUUUGCUCACUCGCAAUUAACUUUUCCUCGCAAUUAACUUUGAAUGGUCAAAACUGUUAAAUUCUAGACAUGCUCAAUUUCUUGAAAAUCUUUAUGAAGUUAACUUCAUUUUGGUAGUAAAUGUGUUAUCGGUUUCCCUCAGUAAUUAGUUUUUCAAAUAAAAAAGUUUAUUAAAUUAGGAUUAGAGGUUUUCGUCCUAGUUUCCGUCGGUUCAUUUUCCGUUUUUUUAAAAUUGAAUUUAUAGUAUCUGCUACUGUUUUUUAUCGGCUGAUUUAAUAAAGCAUGGAUUUUAUUUUGAUUUUAAAGUUUUUUUCCUUAACAGAAAGUUCUGUAAUUUGUCAAUUUACCAAGUCGGAUUUUGAGUGGUUGUAUGUUUACGCUGGCGAUUUGUAAGCGUUAUCAAACUGGAAUAAAGACUUUUUUUCAGGUUAACAACUUGUUUAACAGAAUCACUUGUAUCUUGAUUCAUAAUGAAUUCAAAUUUUGUAGUGUUCUUGCACAUUUAGCCUGGUGGUAACGAAUACGCCUGGGAUGGCAAAGCCCGUUGGUUCGAAUCUGACUAGGAACUGUUUUUUUUUUUUCAAAGUGAAAAUCUUGCUUUCCCAAAAAAUGUAGGCCUAUAGUUUGUCUGCUUAUGCUCUGUCGGCUUAGUUGAAUUCGUAACCACGUCAUAGAAUUGAUAGUUGAAUUCGUCGCUCAGCCACAUCGUAAAUUUAAUUUUUUUGUACGCAAUUUUCAAUAUACUUGCUCUCAGUGUUUUGAAUUACUCUUGUAAUUUUUGAUUUUACUAGCCUUGACUUUGUAUAUUUUGCUGUUUUUGGAUUUUUUUUCGCUUAAAAACUUUCGGGUUAUAUUUUACUUUAAAUGAUUUCGGCGUAUGUUUUAUCGGCUUAGUUACCUAAUUUGUUGCAUUUCAAUGGAAGCAUAAGUUUUAUGUUUCAUCCCGGAUAGCACAAAAUGCUAAAAUUCUUAGAAUAGAAUUUAUAAUUCAAAGUUUUUCAUGACAACAAUUUUACGUUCUACGGGAAAUUUUUUUAGUUUCUUCAGCUCAGUUGCCGCUGGUUAAGUUUAAUUUGAGUUUUCAAUAAUUGCCGUCGAUUGUGUUUAUGGACGUGUUUUCCGCAAUUAGAGUAUGAUUCCAGACAACAUUUUGAUUUUUUUAUGUGGUUUUUGAAGUGUUUUUUUUUUGACUUAGUGUUUUUCUUUUCCUCUCUGCUAGCUUUCACUGCUAUUUUUGUGUUGUAUCGCAAGUGGUACGAAGCUACGCUUUGCCUCUUUGUUUUAAAAGUUUGUUUUUGUUUGAACGGUUUCGGCUUAUGCUUAGACAACCCAUAUUGCUUAGUUCUGAGGGCAAAAACAGUUUUUUUUUCACGACAAUUACUUGCCGAUUUUCAAAAAAUUGGUACCAGCGAAAAGAUCGGCUUCUAUAUUAUGUGUCAUCGUAUUUUUCUAGUCUUUUUAUUUAGCUUACUCGAUUUCAACGGUCAUCGAAAUUUACAACGAAGACUCAUUUUCAUGGAUUUUUUUUCUCAGAUUACCACGCUGAAUCCGUGAUUAAGGUUUCAAUGAAAAGAGCAGGUAGCGGGAAUCUCUUCUGCAUAAGCCAAUGUUUCCUAUUGUUAUUGGAAAAAGAUGUGGCCUCAAAACAGUAAUUUUUCUAAUUUUUUGAAUUUUCGCUGUCAAAAAUUUCGCUGCUAAAUAUGCGUUCGAAAAAUCAAUCGAAAAACAGUGUUCGCCAACUUACUUGGGAAGUAUGACAAUCGGAUACUACGUAAAUUCGCGCUACAAAUACGACUUUUUCUAUAGUUGUACAGCGGCUAACGUCACGCGCUCCUGCAGCAUUGAAAACCAGCAGUUUGAAGCUGAAUCAUCUUAUAUGAGCCUAGCGAAUUUCAACGAUACAGCUUUUGAAUGCUUUUCAUUGUUCAAAACAAGUGGGCCUAAGGAAAUCAAAACUUAUCUUGGUCUGAUUUUUGGUUCUUUUUAUACCAUUGUUUUGCUGUUUCUCUUUCUGACGUUCAGACAUUUCCACCGCAAUGGAUCUCUUUUCGUAUUCUUCCCAUCGUUUGAAACUCGCCAAGCAGCUGCGGAUCUGGGACAUGCAGAUGUGGAGCGUAUAUCGUUCGUGUCGUCUUUCUCCUCAGAGCUUUCGGGUCAGAGACAAUUAGCCCAGGGAGAUUUAACUUCCUCAAAUGCACAAGCUUCACUGGAACUGCAGAUGCAAUUGGGAGCGGGUCUGCACGGACGGCUGAAGUCGGUGGACACCUUUAGAGGACUGUCUCUGAUUCUGAUGAUCUUUGUGAAUUAUGGAGGCGGAGGCUAUUGGUACUUCAACCACUCGCCGUGGGAUGGACUCACUCUGGCUGACCUCGUCUUUCCAUGGUUCGUGUUUAUAAUGGGUGUGUCGAUAAGUAUCACAAUGAAGUCGUUGAGUGGAAAUGAGUUGCGAAUGAGGCCUCGCAGUGCAGUGGGCAAGAUACUGAAGAGAACACUCAUCUUAUUCUUCGUUGGACUCAUCAUCAGCAAUCGAGAUGUUCUGGUGGACACACUUCGUAUCAUGGGCGUAUUGCAACGUCUUUCCAUCGCCUACUGUUUCGUAGCCCUACUUACCCUUGUAAACGCCAGAUACUCUCAGAAGGCCAACAUCAGCGUGUUGUCCAGAAGAGCCACUUCCGACUUCAAAAACGGUGUGGCAGAUAAUCUACUUGAUUUGGUGCCCUUUGUAGUCGAGUGGAUAGUUGUGCUGCUCUUGGUAGCGGUGUGGACUCUUAUCACAUUCGUGGUUCAGAUUGAUGGAUGUCCAAGAGGCUACGUUGGACCCGGAGGCCUUCAGUAUGACCCCGACUACAAUUUGACAAAUUGUACAGGUGGUGUGGCUGGUUUCAUAGACAGGACUGUGUUUGGUCUAGACCACACGUAUCAACACCCAACUGCAAGGCAAAUAUAUGGCUACAAUGUGCUUCCCUAUGAUCCCGAAGGACUCCUUGGAUGUCUUACAUCCAUUUUUCUGACCUUUUGCGGACUGCAUGCGGGUCGCGUAAUUUGCAUUUACUGGCAUUGGAAACCUGUGAUGUUGCGCCUUCUGGUCUGUGCCAUCGUAACAGGUGUGCUCGGAGGGGGACUGUGUCAGCUCAACACUACUAGCGGACCCAUCCCAGUGAACAAGAAUCUAUGGUCUCUCUCCUUUGUGCUGAUCACAGCCUGUCUUGGCUUCACUAUCCUCGCUAUUCUCUACAUUAUGGUAGAUGUGCUCAAGUGGUGGGACGGGGCACCCUUCACUUAUGCAGGAAUGAACUCGCUGCUGCUCUACGUGGGCCAUGAGUUGCUGGAGGGCUGGUUCCCCUUCUCCUGGGGAGUGCAGUACCCAACUCACGAAGUUUUCAUGAUCGAAAACAUCACCGCCUGUGCUUUCUGGCUAGCAAUUGCCGGCUACUGCAACCACAUACAGUUCUACUUGAAAGUCUGAACUGGGCCGUAUCCAUUUUUUGAUCUAUUCUGAUGAUGUGUCGCUGGUAUAGUAUCUGUUUAUGGUGCUAACAAUUCUAUUAAAAUUUAAAAUUGAAACGUAAAUAUAGUUAUAGUCAUCAUGAAUAAACUUUUAUCGAUUUAA